GUGGCAGGAUCGGAUUCCUUACUGUGAAGAUCAUCGUUUCAUCAGUAAAACCAAGACUGGUCGUCCAACAUAUCCUUCCAAAUCCAUGAUGGCCUGUAAUGCCGCACUAGACACCCGAAAAAGCAGAGGCAAACAAGGUCGUCCACACGGCGCGUGACGUGGGUGAUCUUCAGAGGACCGAAAGUGUUCUUCUGCUGUAGACUUGGAGUUUCUGCUCGAGCAGAUUCGCAACAACAAAUUAACUAGCACCAUUCCUAUGCAUCGAUAUCUCCCGACGCAAAAAUGGACCAACAGACUCUUUCCCAGAUGACCACCGCGCCCGCCGAACGGAUUCCGGUCUUUCUCGUGACCGGGGCGACGGGGGCGGGGAAGUCAACCCUGAUCGCCCACCUAAUCCAAGCGCUGCCGUCCAACCGGCGCGCGAUUUUGAUUCGCCACCGGCACGCCAAGGCGGCGAUGCUAGAGACCUUUCCGCCCCCGCGGCUAGUGGUGGAUGGAAAAAGUAGAAGUAGUGCUGUUUUUCACCCAGCGCACAGAAGCCUGAAAGCGCACCAGCCCUACGAAGCAGGAGCAGUUACACGGGACGACGAAGGUGUAGCUACUGAUGUUAUACCUGCACAAAGUUCUUUUUACGCUGUGCGCCACUUCAGUGAGGUUUUUGAUUUCGGGUCCGGCUGCGUCUGUUGCGCCCCGGACGGCGAUCUGAUGCGGCAGCUUGUGGAGUUGCAGGCGGAGCUGAAAAGGGAUCAUGUUGAGACUGGAAGUGCAACAACCGUACGCGACGUCGAGGACGGUCGUCAUCAACAUGCAGGACCAACAACAGCUUCAUCAUCUUCGCAUUUUUACUACGCCCUAUUUGUCGAGACGACCGGUUUAGCCGACCCACGGCCCUUUCUCCGCGUGUUUCAAACGGAGCCCACAGUCUGCGCGCACUACGAGCUGCACGCAAUUCUGUGCGUCGUGGAUUCGCUGCGGUGGGAAGCGACGCUGCAGGGAACUGGUGGUGAAGAGCCGAAUUAUCGUGGCGAAGGAGCUAGUGCUGUAGCUGGUUCUACUUUUCCUGGAAAAAUUGCGGACGUUGACGGCGAGAGGACGACCUCCACAGAGAGCCUCCACUCGCGGGGUCGGGAACAGCUGCGCGUCGCAGACUUGGUGGUCGUGAACAACUUUCAUUCU